CCGUCCUCUUAAACAUUCAUGCCUCGCAUUUGUAGCGGAAACAGUGCUGGUGAAAUAAGAUAUCUUUCUCACACAUUUCAUAACGAUCAGAAAAGCCAUUACUCACCGCGGACUGGAAGAAACGUUUUCCUUUAACGAGUCCGACGAGAAGGAUAUCCUGCUUUCACUGGAACAAGCCCAGAUCCACGCCUUUUGGGUGAAGAAAAAACACCGGAAAAGAGGACGCAGAUUGGAGAUCCUUCUGAGAAUCCGGAGACGUGGCUGAAUGAAGAAACUGCCAAUUUAGAGCUGGUGGGAUUUUCCAUGCACCGGCAGAACAGAGACGGUACCUCUGACAGCAGAAAAAGAUACAACGUGUCCAUACUACAGAUAACCAGCAGUAGAAAUGCCUCGCAUUGAGAAUGACAUCAAGUUGGACUUCAAGGAUGUACUUCUCCGUCCGAAACGAAGCACACUCAAGUCCCGUAGUGAGGUGGACCUGAUGAGAAGUUACACCUUCAGGAACUCCAAGGGAAGCUACAGAGGAAUCCCCAUUGUUGCAGCCAACAUGGACACUGUCGGCACCUUCGAGAUGGCUCUGGCUUUGUCCAAGUUCACACUCUUCACUGCCAUUCACAAGCACUAUUCAGUAGAUGACUGGAAGGAGUUUGCAACAAAGAAUCCAGAAUGUGUACCGAGUAUGGCAGUCAGCACAGGGACAGGCGAAGGGGACUUUGACAGGCUGGGUGAGAUCACAGCCGCUGUGCCUCAGCUCCAGUACAUCUGUGUGGAUGUGGCCAAUGGCUACUCUGAGCACUUUGUCCAAUUUGUUAAAGACGUGCGCCAGAAGUACCCGACACACACCAUCAUGGCGGGGAAUGUGGUUACCGGGGAGAUGGUGGAGGAGCUGAUCCUCGCUGGCGCUGACAUCAUCAAAGUGGGCAUCGGCCCAGGCUCUGUGUGCACCACCCGUAAGAAAACAGGGGUGGGUUAUCCCCAGCUGAGCGCUGUGAUAGAGUGUGCAGAUGCUGCCCACGGCCUGGGCGGACACAUCAUCUCUGAUGGUGGAUGCACUUGCCCUGGUGACGUUUCCAAGGCUUUUGGUGCCGGGGCGGACUUUGUGAUGCUGGGCGGGAUGCUGGCCGGCCACUCAGAGAGCGGGGGAGAGGUCAUCGAGAAGAACGGGAAGAAGUACAAGCUGUUCUACGGCAUGAGCUCCGACACGGCCAUGAAGAGACACGCCGGGGGUGUGGCCGAGUACAGGGCAUCUGAAGGGAAGACGGUAGAGGUAGUCUACAAGGGUCCCGUGGACGUGACCAUACGGGAUGUCCUGGGUGGGGUACGCUCCACCUGUACCUACGUGGGUGCAGGGAAGCUCAAGGAGCUCAGCCGCAGGACCACCUUCAUCAGGGUCACCCAGCAGCUCAACACCGUCUUUGGGAAUGAUAACUAGGCGAGGCCCAGGCUGGUUCACAUAUACACACACCAUACCGUUGAUAGUAAGAAUCAGUCAUUUGAGAAACUUAAACCUAGUAUAAAUGUUUGGUUGCCAAAACCAAAACCUUUUUAGAUAAUAUUAUCAAACAAUCCCUUAUCUAAGAGUCAUAUUUAAGCAAAAGGCAUUAGGGGGUGUGGUAUAUGGCCAAUAUACCAUGGCCAAGGGCUGUUCUUACACACGACGCAACGCGGAGUGCCUGUAUACAUCCCUUAGCCGUGGUAUAUUGGCCAUAUACCACAAACCCUCGAGGUGCCUUAUUGGUAUUAUAAACUGAUUACCAACAUAAUUAGAGCAGUAAAAAUAAACAUUUUGUCAUACCAAUCAGCAUUCAGGGCUCGAAUCCACCCAGUUCAUAAUUCAACUUAAUUUGACUUAUACUAAACUGCCAUAAAUGUACAUUUCUUGGUAAUAAGUGAACUGAGGGCACUUCAGGACGUAUUUCCAGGUUUUUCUUUUGUCAUCUUGCUCAAUCAUUCCCAUUCCGCUCUGGGGGCGGUGAGUACAGGCUUCUCUCUAUGUUCAAUAUUAUCUACCAUGUCCUAUCAUUUCACAUGAUCUUGCGCUCUCUCUCUCUCUUUUACCUCUCAAUCCCCCAUUUUCCUAACACUUCUAUGCACAUCCCUGUUUUUCAAGACAUCUCAUCGCCAUGCUGUUUGAAAACCAUAUGCCAUAAAUGAAUAUACAGUAUUUCACUGUAUGAAGUAUGUACUAUAUUGAGAUUGCAAGCGUUAAAAACCUCUGCUUUUAUUAUUUUAGAUAGUCAACAAAUUCUGAGUCAAGUGGACAUACAUACAGUGAAGAGAUUCAGAUGUUCAUAAUAAUGACCAAUACUGCCGAUUUAAAAUAUUUUAGAUUAUUUUAUCCUUUUCAAAAUAACUUAAAUAUAUAUUGCACUUAAAGAUUUGCAAUGAUGUAGUAUUCCAGUCGUUUUCCCCAUAGAAAGUUAGUUUUUCUGCUAUUCUCAUGCGGACCAAAUAUUAAGGCGAGGAGGAAAUAGUGUGCUGUACAGCUACAGCAGCAACCCGGUCAGUCAAAUGACACACCGCAGGUUGACGGGAAACUGUUGUGGAAUACAAAAUAUAGAGUUGCAAAAUUCCUGUAACUUUCCCCAAAUUCCCAGGUUUUCCAGAAGUCCUGAGUGGAACUUGGAAAAUUCCCAGAAUAUGGCAGAAAAAGCAAGAAAUCCAGCAAACCCCCAACCAGGAUUUCUGGAGAACUUGGGAAUUUUGGGAAAGGAACCGGGAUUUUGCAACCCUAAUUCAAAGUAUUGUAGCGACCUUUAACACAACACCUAGCGACUUCGUCAAGAGGUUUGCACUUCUUAGCUUAAUGGUUAAGGUGUUGGCUUGACAGUCACUGGACAUGGUUCGAGUCCUUGUCAGGGCUCCCUCCUGAAUUCGCUACAGUAUGUUUUGUUGCUAAGGAAGGCAGGACAGCUUUGAUUGUUACCUCGAUUUACUUUUAAUUUAGACUAGAUAGAAUCUCCAUUCAAUCAGUAUUCACAUUAUUACUUUACUGGAUAUUCAGUUACUUUGCUAGAAUGUUGUCUAUGCAUUAUUAUUUUAAGGUGUGCAACUGACUAGUUUUCAUUAUGUCUGUAUAUUUACUUUACUUCAUAGUGUUUUCCAGGAUGAUUCCUUUUCAUAUAUUUUGGUAUUAGUCAAACAUGUCAUGCCGUUUUUAAGCCACAUUUGUUGUUGUUUCAGUCAGAUAAACAUUCCAAACAGCCUACCCGACCGCUCGGGGUCGUCCGCAUGGUCAUAAAGCACACGGUUGCCUUGUUUUGUAUCACAUUCCAAUAAUAAAACUGAAAAUACAAUUUCAGAAUGACAUGUCCCGCCCCAGUGAAAGUUGCGCCCCUGGUUCUGACCAAUAAAGAGCAUUCCAUAUGA